AUGCCGGAUGCAUGUACCUCCCGUGGAGGUGGAGCACCUCGCGCCGCACACAACCGUACAGCACCUCAUCCCACCAGGAAAACCGCGGGCGCACUCUGCCGGGCGCUUGCCGAGCUGCGGCACGACGACAGCAAGUUCCGCUGUGCUGCCCCCGCACCGCACGACACAGCAGGUGCGGCGGACAUGCGGUGCGUCCAGGCUCCAGACGAGGCGACGGCUGCACGCCCAACGCAUGUACCUCCCCGCCUGCCACCACGCGCGCGUGGCCGAGUAGCCAGUAGCCGAGCGCAACGCGGCGCGCCGGACCGGACGGCAGAUGAUGACCCGCCGAUGCGUGGGCUGAGUGGACCGGGUUCUAGAAAUAGUGACACGGUGAGACUACUCGCGAGCGCGUGGCGUGUCGGGCCGUCGGCACGUCUGCCUGUGUCAUACGCGGCGGUUCUUCUUCCUGCUGCUGUGACGAUCUUCUCUGCAAAUAUCGCGGGGCCGACCGCCGCCGCCGCCGCGCUCGGCUCGGCUCAAGAGGAGGAAAUGGCAAGCGGCAGCUACGAGAGCAUCCUCCUGGGGAUGGGGAACCCCGUCCUCGACAUCUCCGCCGUCGUCGACGAGGCCUUCCUCGCCAAGUAUGAUGUCAAGCCGGGCAAUGCCAUUCUCGCUGAGGACAAGCAUUUGCCGAUGUAUGAUGAAUUGGCUAGCAAGAAUAAUGUUGAAUACAUUGCUUGAGGAGCUACUCAAAACUCUUUCAGGGGUGCCCAAGUAAGCUCUGAAGAUACUAAAUCAUAAAGAUCUAAAGCUAUUAGCUUAUGACCAGUUCUGAUUGUUUACAUAUGUUCAUAAGAAACUAAAUCAUAGCAAUCAUGAUUACUUCUCAGUGGAUGCUUCAAAUUCCUGGUGCAACAAGUUACAUAGGUUGCAUUGGGAAGGACAAGUUUGGUGAGGAGAUGAAGAAAAAUGCACAAGCUGCUGGUAUUAAUGCCCAUUGUUACGAGGAUGAAAAUGCCCCAGUGGGCACAGGCACAUGUGCUGUCUGUGUUGUUGGUGGUGAAAGGUGUGCUUCCUACAGUGUCUGCGCUUCAAGGAAUGUGGCUUGAUUCUAAACUACUUUGUUCUAUUUGUAACCAGAUUACUUAUUGCAAACUUGUCUGCGGCAAACUGCUACAAGUCUGAACAUCUGAAGAAACCAGAGAACCCCCAACUCGGUAAUGAAAAUGGGUCACUAGAGCUCAUUUGCGAUUUUUUCACCUUAAUGGUCUCUUGGU